GAGGACUGGGUAUUGCUAUUUUGACUCCUCUCCUUGUAAAUUUGGAAAGUUGUAUGUUCCUGGAUUAGAAAGUAGCGAGCUUUUGUUUGGAAAGGCAUUCUACUGAGCCGAAGAACGGUCAUUUUCAAGUUAUUAUGUUUUUCCUUGUGGUCUAUUGAGCAUUUUGGAGAUUUCUAGCUUUUGAUUCCUUGAAGUCUUGAGGCUGUUGUGCUUCUUGUGUUUUGGUGGGUGGAAUAUGUCAAUUACUUGGUGAUUUGAGGCCGCAUUUGGGUUGAGAUGAAUACUGUGGUACUUUGUAAUAACUUUACAUUUGAAGUUAUUGUAUGACAUUUGAGGUGUGCUUUGAGUGAAUUGGUGAUUAUAGCUCAGGAGAGGAUAACAUGAUAAUAUUGUGGAGAUACAGUUUGAGUGGACAUUGAGAUUGGUGGUUGCGUUUGUUGCAUGAUGGGUUGCGUUUGUUGCAAGCCCUCAGCCAUUGACGACAGUAGGGAGAGUCCAAGGGAGCGAUUAUCAAAUAAGGCUUCGUUGGACUCCCGUGGAUCUAGGGCCACUUCGUCAAGGAGAGAGGAUGGAUAUCGAGUGAAGGAUAGAUGCGAUAGUACUGAUGGUCGAACUGCAUCCAUGGAUAAACAAGGAAAUGGCUCUGUGCGUUUACAAGUUGAUCAUUUUGAAAGGAAGAGGGAGAAACCAGAGUAUGUUAUUGCACAGCAUCCAGGAAUUGGUAGCGUUCCAAAAGCCACAGAAGGGGAGCAGGUUGCAGCUGGGUGGCCUUCAUGGUUGGCAGCGGUGGCUGGAGAGGCUAUCAAGGGAUGGUUGCCACGACGAGCAGAUUCUUUUGAGAAGUUGGAUAAAAUUGGUCAGGGAACUUAUAGCAAUGUUUAUAGGGCUCGUGAUCUUGAGCAUAAGAAAAUUGUUGCUUUGAAAAAAGUGAGGUUCGAUAAUCUUGAACCUGAGAGUGUUCGUUUCAUGGCAAGGGAAAUUCACAUUCUUCGUAGGCUUGAUCAUCCAAAUGUUAUAAAACUGGAAGGUCUAGUUACAUCAAGGAUGUCUUGCAGCCUAUACCUUGUUUUUGAGUACAUGGAACAUGACUUGGCUGGGCUUGCUUCACAUCCUGGACUAAAGUUUACUGAAGCGCAGGUCAAAUGUUAUAUGCAGCAACUUCUACGUGGACUUGAUCACUGCCAUAGCUGUGGUGUACUGCACCGUGACAUUAAGGGAUCCAACCUUCUGAUUGACAACAAUGGAAUCUUGAAGAUUGCAGACUUUGGUUUGGCAAGCUUUUAUAAUCCCAAUCAAAUUCAGCCAUUGACUAGUCGAGUUGUCACGCUCUGGUAUCGUCCUCCAGAGCUUUUGCUUGGAGCAACUUACUAUGGCGCUGCAGUUGAUUUAUGGAGUACAGGCUGCAUACUUGCUGAGCUGUAUGCUGGAAAGCCUAUUAUGCCAGGAAGAACUGAGGUGUGCAUACUUAAUUUUCACCAUCUAAUUUGAAUGUGGCAUUUUUAUGCAUUUUCUGUUUCCGUCACUUUUGCCAAAAUGAUUGUUAUGCACUGUUUAUUUGUUUACAAUUUUUAUUGUAAACUGCAUGCGGUA